GUUUUAUUCGUUGCGAAGGGCAUUGAUUUUAGUCGUCGAGGUUUUUUAUUUUUCAAGAUACGAUCUUUGUAAUUCCUUUUCCGGUUCGGCUUCACUAUGGGUUACCGUGGACGAAGAAAGUCGCUCAAGCGCUUAGCAGCACCUAAAUCAUGGAUGCUAGAUAAAUCUGGAGGAGUUUUUGCACCUAAAUGUAGUCCUGGACCUCACAAAGCUCGUGAGAGCUUUCCCUUGACACUGUUUCUGCGUAACCGUUUGAAGUAUGCACUUUCUUACACCGAAGUGAAAAAAAUUGUCAAGCAGAGGCUUAUCAAAAUUGAUGGGAAAAUUCGUACUGAUAACUGCUACCCCACAGGAUUCAUGGAUGUUGUUACCAUUGACAGAACCAAUGAAAACUUUAGGAUCUUGUAUGAUGUGAAAGGAAGAUUUGUUGUUCAUAGGAUUAAAGCAGAAGAAGCCAAGUACAAGUUGUGUCGCGUUCGUAAAACUGGCACAGGACCUAAAAAUGUUCCCUUCCUUGUCACCAAUGAUGGCAGGACUAUUAGGUAUCCAGAUCCAUUGGUGAAGGUUAAUGACACUAUCAUGCUUGACAUAGCUUCUGGCAAGAUGAAGGAAUUUAUCAAGUUUGACACAGGCAACCUUGUGAUGAUUACUGGUGGCCAUAACUUGGGACGUGUUGGAACCAUUACUCACAGAGAGAGACAUCCUGGUUCAUUUGAUAUUGUCCAUGUUAAGGAUGCGCUUGGACACACUUUUGCCACCAGGUUGUCCUAUGUGUUUGUCAUUGGUAAAGGAAGCAAACCUUGGAUCUCUUUGCCAAGAGGAAAAGGUGUUAAGCUGACCAUUUCUGAAGAGAGAGACAGGAGAAUAGCUGCUAAGACCCAGUAAAAGAUUAACUUUGUCUGAGACCUAAGUUCAAUAAAUUAACUGACACAUUUA